AAAAUGAUAGGAAAAUCAUUUGCUUGGCACUGUGGCGCCGCUUUUUUUUUAAGACUUUUAUUCGUGGCUUAUUCCAGUUUCCAUGAUAAGAAUUUCAAUGUUCCAUACACAGACGUUGAUUAUAAGGUAUUUACUGACGCAGCGAGACAUGUUACCGAAGGUAAAUCACCUUACGAUCGUCAUACUUAUCGUUAUACUCCCUUUAUUGCUUGGCUACUGGUUCCGAAUGUAAUAAUUUUCCAGGAUUUUGGGAAAAUCAUUUUUUCUGCUUUCGAUGUGUUAAUUAGCAUAUUAAUAAAGCAGAUUCUACUGAAAGAGAAAUGCAACGCCGAGAGAGCGAGCUUUUGCGGAUAUUUGUGGCUCUACAAUCCCUUGGCCAUCAUCAUAUCAACUAGGGGUAACGCGGAUUCCGUGGCUGUAUUUUUUGUUCUCCUCGUCAUGUACUAUUUGCAAAAUGAAAAUUGUUAUCUCGCCGGAAUUCUCCACGGUUUUUCAAUCCACCUAAGAUUAUAUCCACUCGCGUUCAGUCUGGCGAUGUAUUUAACUUUGCGUAAAUCAAAUAGCAUUCUACCAAACAAAAAUCAAAUCGUUUUAGUUUUCAGCUGUAUUUUUUCCCUGAUUGUUUUUACCUCUCUCAGCUACUAUUUAUACGGGUAUAAAUUUUUGUACGAGAGUCUAUUAUAUCACUUAAUAAGAAAAGAUGCCAGGCAUAAUUUCUCAGUUUAUUUCUACAUGCUUUACUUAUCAGCCGGCGAAGUUCCCAACAUUUUACAAAAAAUUCUUACAUUUUUACCGCAAUUAAUUUUAUUGAUCGGAUUAUCAUUUUUCUAUUCAGCGAAACGAAAUCUUUCGUUUUCAAUGCUUUCGCAAGCUUUAGUCAUGGUAACUUACAAUCCCGUAAUGACUUCGCAAUAUUUUUUCUGGUUUUUAUCCUUGCUACCAAUUUGCUUACCUCGUUUAAAAAUGACCCUCUCAAAAUCGAUUUUUUUGAUCACGAUAUGGUUGCUGGCUCAAGGUGUCUGGCUGUUCACCGCAUACUUACUUGAAUUCAAAGGCAUAAAUUCCUUUGCUUGUAUCUGGUUGGCCGGUAUUUUAUUCUUUGCCGUUAAUAUCAAAGUUUUAAUCGAAGUUAUUCAAAGUUACCAAUAACUAAACCCUAUGAAUAUUAAAUAAACUUGAAACUGGUUUAAGGGUAGUUCUAAUGAGAAUUAUUAACAAUAAGAAAAAAAAAAACCAUUUUCAAAUUACUCGCUACGUUUAUCUUAAUGUUUCUUGAUUUUAUUCUUGCAGGAAUACAAAAUACUUAUGUACAGAUAGUUUUUUUUUGUUCGUUUUUUUUUGGUUUUUUUUUAAAUCAAUAGCGAUAGGUUCUUAGUAGGAAUUUAAAUUAUGAAAUAUAAUAUUAUUAUCAUUAUUGUUAUGAAUAUUAAUAUUAUUACAAGUAAAUCUAAUCGUAAAUUACUAGCCUAUGUUAACCAUGAGCAAGGGCAUUCCUUGGAUCAUAUUCAGAAAUAUUAUUAUUCGAUAAUUAAUCUAGUUUUAUUUUAUUAGUUUCUCUUCUGUUCACGGAACAUAAUUAAGUCGAAUUUAUAUAAUACGAUGUAUUUUCACCAUCGUAUUAAGUGAAUUAUUCUAUAAAUAUUGUUCACUUAUUACAAUAUUAUUAUGUCACCUUCGUUGUAACAGGGAAAAAAUUAAAAUUCAUUGCGUUUCGUAAACCACACGACCUUUUGGUGACUUCGUUAUAAAAAAAAAUAUUCCGUUAUACCCGUAUAUGUAUAAUAAUGUGUGCGAUAAUAAAACAAAUUUUGCAUUACGAUAAGAAAUUAAUUUCACAAAUCUGCAGAAAUUCUACAAUAAAAAUCAGUUGUAUUUCUUCCAUAUCAUAUAUAUAUUUCUGAAAACGAUCCAAAUUUCGUACAGUUUUCAUCAGAUUAUUUUAUUUUAUAUUCCUUUUUUUUUCUAUAAAAUAUUCGAAUGAUUUUUAGUUUUAUUUAUAUCAAUUUAAUUUUGUAUUCAUUUUUUUCUCCUUCCAACUCAAAAUAUAAGCCAUAUCGUUUGACAAUUUGGCUCGAUUCAGCAACAACUUUAUUCGAGGAAACUUCAUAGCGAAAUAAAAUUAGUCAAAUAGGAAAACCUCCUACACAACUGCAUAGCUGCGAUGGAUAUCCGUGUUCUUCAAAAUUAUGUACACGUUGGUGAUAUUUAGAAAAUUUUUACUACCAAUUAGUUAUUAUAUCACUCCGUUAAAUACAAUUAUACAUAUUUUACAAAUUUACAGCGAAACAUUGACUUACCGUUAAAUUAUAAACUCUUUUCUUUCAUUUCCCCCUUUUCUUUCUUACUUUUUCUAUUUAUCUUUGUUGUUUUUUCGUUUGUUGAAUAAACUUUUUUUAUCGGUUCUUUUCUCCCUAAAUAAUUUACAACAAAUCAAGGUGUUCAAAUAAUAAAUGAAUAUUUGAGUAAUAUGUAUAUGAAUAUGGCAUGAUUUAAUAAAAUAAAAUAAUAACAUUAGAGAUACAAUAUUUAAUGAAAAUAAUAUAUAAGAUAAUGGCUAUAAUUUUUAGAUGUAUAUAUAUACUAUGUAUAUUCAGUUUAGACGUAUGACGUGUAAAUUCUGGAUAGACUAUGAAUAAUGAUAAUAUAUAUAUAUUCAUAUACUCAGAGAAGUAAACACAAAAAAAAUAAGAAGAGAAUAUAUAUUCGUAAUUGUCAAAUUUAUAGAGGUCUUUUUUCAGUUUUCAUAUGUAACAGAAUUUACUUUCCAUUAUUAGGUAUAUUUUUUCUUUACUGUUUAAAAUCGAAUAAUAUAUUCUAAUACAAAACUUAUAAGUUCCAUCUUAUUCGGAAAUAAUAUUUAAAACAAAUUAAAGCACUCGGUUUAAUUACUUGUUCAUCGCAAUGUUAAACAUAAAACUUUUAAAUGCGUAUAUUAAUUCAAUUGAAAAUAUACAAAACAUAAAAUAUAUAAAUUGUCUUUGGCAACAAAAAAAAGUUAUUCCAGCCUUAACUUCUGUACGUGCAGUAAAAUCGAAAACAAUUUGAGGAUUAUUGUAUCGUUCGUAAUUUUUCACCCCUUACUUGGUUUUCUGUAAAAUUCGAAAAUUAAACGAAUACAAGCCGGAGGUAUAAAUUAAAUAAAAUUUUCGCGAACAUGCAAAAUCAAUAUUACGUAUAGAUUAAUAUUCAUGCCUACAAUUAAUAUUUCAAACAAAUAAAUCUAAUCAUAAGUUAUAAAAUGUGUAAUUAGGUAUACGCGGUUGUAAUGGAAAAGAAUUUAAAAAAUUAGAAAAUAAAAUGAUGUUGUCAUUAUUA